AUGUGCUCUGUUCAGUGCGAUCAUGGCGGCCGCUUAGUUCCAUCUCUUCUGCCUAAGCGCGUGAGCUCACGGUCCUCGUCGUAUCUACGAAGGGAUAUUUUAGAGAGUCUCGUGUCCUUGGAAACCUUCUCCUCUCCCAUCCUCUAUAAGCCCUUGACGGGAAGCUAUUAGAGCACCGGUUUCAUUUCCUUUACGGUUUCUUUCCUUUUCUAUCACGAAAGGAGCGUGUACUGUGACAAAAACCGUUGGAGAUGAUGUUUUAGAAGCCGCUACUGUGUUGCGGACACUACCGACGCUACUAAACAGCACCUUGGAUGACAUGAACACGUCGUCCACAUUUGACUUGCACAGUCUGGUGAGCUCUGAAGUAGACGCGUGCGGCGUACCUGCUGGCCUCCUACCAGGGUAGCAGGCACUGAUCUCUCCCUGCCCUUCUCGUCACGUGUUCUAGAUGAGAUGUCAAACUCACCGGAGAAAAUGGCAGCAGCUCCGAGGCCGGAUCAGACGUCACGUUUCCAAGUUAAUUAGUAGCAGUAAUAACAGCUACUGCCAGCGAGAAAGAAGACGCCCACGCCCUCUCUUGGAGUUGGAGACUCGGAAGCUCGGCUCGUGGCAAUGGAGCUUCUGGGCAAGGCACCCGUGCUCAGCUGCGGCGGGAAGAGGGGCGCAGCGGGGCCGCCCAUGGGCCCGCUCGUGGGCGCGCUGGGCAGGUGGAUCUACCGCGCCGUGCCGCCGCCGCCGCAGCGUGUGUGCGGCACGCCGGGGGGCCCGCCGGUGACGGCGCCGAGGGUGCGGCUGAGGGACGGGCGCCACCUGGCGUACGCGGAGUCGGGGGUGCGGAAGGAGGACGCGAGGUACAAGGUCAUCUUGUCCCACGGGUUCACCGGCUCCCGCCUCGACUCCCUCCGCGCCGCGCCGGAAGUGGCCGAAGAGCUGGGCGUGUACAUGGUGGGCUUUGAUCGCGCCGGGUAUGGCGAGAGCGACCCGAACCCCAACCGCUCCGUGAAGAGCGCCGCGCUCGACGUGGAGGAGCUCGCGGACGCACUGGGACUAGGCCCCAAGUUCUAUGUAAUCGGCAUCUCCCUUGGCUGCCAUGCCGUCUGGGGCGCCCUCAAGUACAUCCCCGAAAGGAUUGCUGGCGCGGCGAUGAUGGCGCCGGUGGUGAACUACUGGUGGCCGGGGUUCCCAGCCGAUCUGGUCGCUGAGGUGUACGCCAAGCAGGAGGUGGGCGACCAGUGGGCGCUGCGCGUGUCGCACCACGCGCCUGGCAUCCUCCACUGGUGGAUGGAGCAGAGCUGGCUCCCCACCUCCACCGUCGUCGCCAACACCACCCACCUGCCCAACAAGCGUGACGCCGAGCUUCGCCGCACCCUCACGGCCGACGGCACGCUCCAGAAGAAGAGGGAGCUGGCGACGCAGCAGGGCAUCCACGAGUCGUACUACCGCGACAUGAUGGUCAUGUUCGGGAAGUGGGAGUUCGACCCGAUGAGCCUCCCGAAGCCGCCGUGCCCCGUCCAUCUGUGGCAGGGCGACGAGGACGGGCUGGUGCCGGUGGUGUUGCAGAAAUACCUCGCCAGCCAGCUCAGCUGGGUCAACUACCAUGAGCUCCCCGGCACCGGGCACUUCCUGUCGUCGGUUCCCGGGCUGGGAGACACCGUCCUCAGGACCCUUUUCGGUUGAGCAUAUACAGCAGUCAGAAGAAGCAGCAGCAACAUAUGGUGCUAAACCUAAGUAUAGUGUUCUGGUGCAUUAUUAGUUGAUUUAUUCUAAAUCCGUUGGUUAUCGCUGAUUAGCGAUGAUAAUCUAGAUGCAAGGGCAGUGUAUGAUGGACUGUUUUUGCCAUGAAAUCGCGUGGCCACAGUGCCACGUUAGAAUAUGUUACUACGAGUUCUGACCUUCAAAAUGAGAUAUAGAAACACAGUGAUCGAUGUUAUACUGUUGCGGAAUACAAAUCUUUUUUGUAUGAAACUUACACAUA